CGUUGCACACCCAAAUCCCAGCAUGCAUGAGCAGCCUUGCACCUCAUGCACCGGGGAUGCAUACAAAAAAAUAACAAAAAAACAACAAGGGGGCAUGCCGUCACCCAUCUAAACCUCCUCAGAGCUGACCCGUCCCCCCGUCCCCCCCUUGUGCAGACUGUCUGGGAUCUGUCUGGGACAUGUUCACUGACUCGCUUUAUAAGGACGCCUUAAUGAUGCGAGACCGCCGCCUGCCGUAGUGUGAUCAGUGGGAAGAGACGAAUUGCCUCAUAGAUCAGAGAGAGAGAUGCCAGCGAGGAUGGCCGACUGAGACUGGUGCCGCUGCCUGCUUCUUAUUUUUCAUCCAUUAUUUUCUGGUUUUUUUCAUUGUGUGCCUUUAGAGACUCGAGCACCUCUCGGAUGGUGGACUGAUCAGCUGUCAGCUGCUUGUGGAGCAUGGGUACAACUGCCAGUGCCGCGCCACAGCCUGUUUCCGUAGCGUCGCCGCUUGAGAGUGUCCAUGGCAACGGGAUGGCCGACAGCAGGCAGUCUCUCAGCAUGAGCCCCUUUCAGACAGUCAACAUCCACAACAACAAGGCCAAGUCCAUUAUCACCAACAAAGUCGCACCUGUCGUCAUCUCGUAUAAUUUCAGACAGGAAUUUCAGAUUCACGAUGAAAUCCUCAAGACCAACUACAAAGUGGGUCGGCUAUCGGACGCAAUGCCGGAGCACUACCUGGUGCAGGGGGAGUACUUCAUGGUCCAGGAUGUGUACAGCAAGGCGGAUGUCCUUAAUACCACGAGCAGCUAUGGAGCGCCCAACUUCCGCCAAGUGAGGGGAUCCUACCCGCUGUAUGGGAUGGGUCAGCCGAGUCUGAAUGGCUUCAAACAUGUCCUCCAGAGGCUCCAGGCACAAGGACACAAGGAGGUUAUAUUCUUCUGUGUAAGAGAGGAGCCGGUGGUUUUCCUGCACAAGGACGACGACUUUGUGCCGUACACACCGAGGAGGAAGGAAAACCUCCACGAAAACCUUCAUGGCCUGGAGAAGGAGGAGCUGGUGGAGAAGCUGGAGCUCACUAUCAGGAAGGAGCUCCAUGACUUUUCCAAACUCAACGAAAACAUCUUCUAUGUCUACAACGACAUCGAGCACUUUAAGGACGAGCCGCAGAAGAUCUCCAUCACGUGCGAUGAGGACAUCCAUGUGACUGAAGAGGUCUAUAAGAGGCCCAUGUUCACCAUGCCGGCCUACAGGUACUACAGAUUACCACUACCGAUGGAGGGAGCGCCAUUGGAGGAAGACUUUGACGCAUUUGUUAGCAUACUCAGGGAGAGCCCCAGCUUGUCUCUGGGCCACGAUGCGUCGCGGUCGCUGCCCGCUCUGCUCUUCAACUGCCAGGUGGGCGUCGGCCGCACCAACUUAGCCAUGAUCCUGGGCACACUGGUCAUGAAUUGCCUGAGGGGUGAUUCACAACCGCAAGUUGAGGAGGCAGCGGCUUCAGAGCCCAAACCACUGUUUCAGGUCAUCCAGUCGCUGGUCAACAAGCUGCCGAAUGGACAGCAGGUUAUGGAAGAGGUUGACCAGGCUAUCAACCUUUGUUCAGAAAUGCACAACAUAAAAGAAGCAAUAUAUGAGAACAAGAGUAAGCUGGAAGGGAUCGGAGAAGAUUAUCAAGUUCAGGGAAGCAGUACCAAAGACUACUUUCUCAACAGAACCAUGCAGAGCUUGGAGCGCUACUUCUACUUGAUUGUAUUUAAUGCAUACCUUCAUGAACAGUAUCCUCUUGCCUUUGUGUCCAACUUCAGCCAGUGGAUGUGCUGCCACGCUUGGCUGUACAGGUUACUGGCCUGCAUGGACCUAUCGGAGCUGUCGGCUCCGGCCGAGCUGGUCACCAGGGGGGCCCGCGUCCUGGUGGCUGAUGAGUGGUUGGCUCCUGACGUGCUCGGCACAGUGAAGGAGAUGAAGGCGGUCAACUUCAGACGAGUGCCCAAGAUGCCCGUUUAUGGAAUGGCUCAGCCAACAUCAGAGGCUACCGGAGUAGUUUUGGCCCACCUGACGGAUGAGAAGAGGAAACACGGCCACGUGCUGUGGGUCAACUUGCAGGACGAGCUGGUGCUCGAAGGGAAUGGUCAGAUCUUUACACCCAGAGAGCCCUCGUGCAUGGACCAGCACAUUCCUAUCCCUUUGUCUGACCCACAGCUAAUAGAGAAACUGGAGACAUCUCUGAAGGAGGAGAUCCUGAGAGCUCAGAAGUGGCUCGAGGUGACGCUGGAGCAGGAGAAACAGAUGAAGAUGUUUAAAAGCUGCCUGACGGUCCAGGAGAUAUUCAACCAGCACAAAAGCUCCCAGCAGGGCUUCGUUAGCAAACGCAUCCCGCUGCCCGACUGCAGCGCGCCCAGGGAAGAGGAUUUCGAUAAGCUGCUGGAGGCCAUGAAGAGUUCCUUGGCUGAGGACUCUCACUCAGCUUUUGUUUUUAACUGCUCCAACGGCAAAGGAAGGACCACGACCGCCAUGGUUGUCUCCGUUCUGACUCUCUGGCACUUUAAUGGUUUUCCAGAGUUUGGUGACGAUGAGAUUGUGAGUGUUCCUGACGCCAAGUACACAAAAGGAGAAUUUGAGGUCGUGAUGCAGCUGGUGCGUCUGCUCCCCGACGGCCACAGGAUGAAGAGGGAGGUGGACAUGGCCCUGGACUCCGUCAGCGAGACCAUGACCCCCAUGCACUACCAUCUGCGAGAGAUCAUCAUCUGCACGUACAGACAGAUCAAAAGUGGUAAGACGGAGAAGGCGUGUCAGCAGCUGCUGCUGAGGAGCCUGCAGUACCUGGAGCGAUACAUUUACCUCAUCCUCUUCAACACAUACCUGCAUCUGGAGAAGAAGGACUCCUGGCAGCGCUCCUUCACUCUCUGGAUGGAACAGGUGGCUGCCAGAGCCGGAGUUUAUGACAUCCUCAACCAGCUGUGCUUCUCCGAGUUUGAAAACCCGAGGGACUCGCUGCUGGCCCGGCUGCGCUGCCGCUGGCAACGGCAGAACAUUCAGUCACUUCCUUUCCGUGGGGAGUUCAUCUGAGAGGAUCACUGUGAACUCACCAACAAAGUACUGGGCUUUUCACAAUAAAAGACAUUUACAUUAACAUUAUAAUGCCUUCUAUAUUCACCCCUGUAUUAUGCAUAUCUUCACUUCAUCAAUUGUUUAACAUUUUUAGGUUUUUUAAUGUUGCGUGUGUUUAGCAGAAUGUUGCUCCUAUAUUAGAAGUUGAUAUUUGUGCCUUUGCCUUUCUUUUUUUUUAUGAAUGCUAGAAUUUCAAUGUACUAAUAUUUAUGUUACUUUUUUCUUUUUGAGUUGUCACAUUUGAAGAAGAGGCGGCCUUUUAAAACUUCUGUCGGAACAAGUUGAGUUAAAUGCUGUCAUUGAGGAGAGAAGAAGAUUCCACUGUGUCGUUAGACAACCAUUUUGGUUGCACGUGACCUGAUAUUUUUCUUGAACCCUGUCCUUUUCUUCUUCGCACAGCUGUCAUCAUGGCUGUGCAAUUGUUUGACGUUUUCCAUUUUUUCCCCCUGUGUACAUAAAAAAGCUGUUGUUAUUUAAAUGCAUCUUUGAGUUUUCUGAAGCCAUUUAGAGGGGAUGUUGUUGAGAGGCUUUUAGCUCAAGAUGCUGUCAGUCAGUCUUUCUUUAGCAAAAGUAUAACACCAGUGAUAUUUCUUUUUUUACAUUUGUCCCCACGUGUCAUGAUAAAGGUACUAACAGUACGGCAUGUCAGGAAUUUUUAGUUUGAUUUUUACUUUAAAGCUGUAUGUGUCUUUUUAAUUUGUGUUUGUAGACAUUGGAGCAAUGUUGCUUUCAAAUUGCAAACGUCUACUUUUUUUAUGAUACUCCUAUGAAACAUCACUUAAGAACCAGAGAUUUUGUCUUUUUUUCUUGCAUUAUUCUUCCAUGUCAAAACCUGGUGCCUACAUCAACUCGACAGUUCGAGAUUCGUAGUAAUGCACACAAACAAACAAACAAAUACAGCUCACGUUGGUGGCAUCAGUCUGAUGAGGCCAAAGCUACAUGAUUCAUUCAUUGCACAGCACGAAAACGUUAUAAUUGAUUCAUCAGCCAUUCAGGGCAACAAUUAGACCUUUGAUUUUCUUCACCACAUGCCAAAUCUUCUUUCGCAUGCCAUAAACUGUACAGUAUUUCUUGAAAAGUCCCAACACUUCUUUUGUUUGAUUAUUUUGUUACUCUUUAAAAUGUGUUUUUUUUGUUGUAAAGUAACUUGUAGUUAAAGUGUGCUUUGAAAAGCACAAAUCCUGCCUUAAAACCAGAAAGAUCAGCCAGAAAAUAAAUUUAAAAUCCUUCCUCCUCUCAUUAGUAUUUUUUUCUUUUCUGUCAACAUAUUGAAACAUUUGCUCCGUAUAUGAAUGAUUCAGAAUAGUUGAAAAAGAUUGAUAAUGAAAUGAAAAUGGCUUUUGUAUGUUUGAGAGAAUUAGACAAACCCAUCUUCAUGUGACUAACACAGGAAAGUACAUGUUCUUAAUGUAAUAACAACCUAACCUCUUCACUCUGCUCUUAAUGGAAUAUUCCUUUUUUUCAUACAGGCUUUAUAGAUGAAAUGCAUUACCUUUUAUUUACCACCUGUGCUAUUUAUAUUUCUUUUUUUGGGGGGGCUUAAAUACAUGAUUUUAAAUAUAAUUCAACAGCCUGUAUCUGCAUUUGGUAUCAUUUCAUUGUUGGAUUUGCAAAGGAGGAAAAGGGAAGAGUUUGAGUAUCUUCUGACCAUGGAUAGUUUGCACACGACUCUCUGCUAUGUGUCGUUUCAUUGAAGUUUCCCAUUCAGCGGUGGAGCCAAAUAAAUGUCUCUCCUCUC